UGUUAUGUCGUUUUUCUUUAUUUGCACCGCCUGCACCGUUUUCCCACCGGUGUAGCAAAACUUGCACCCAAACCGUUCUUUUAUUCCGCAGGUAGUACACCGUUUCUGCACUCGAUCGUAAACGGUGCAGUAAAUUCUACACCCUGAUCGAGUUGGGUGUAGCAGGUACUGCACUCUUUUUACCAAUACAUGCAUGAUGCUUAGCUGUCAGUGAUAUUUGUGUUUUGAUCGCUUUGGUAGGUUUUGUUGUUUUCGCUGUCGAGCAAGUGAUAUCGUUUUCAGUUUUCGGUCAUUAUUGAGUGCGUGGAUAAAAUGGAUUUGAUCAGGAAUUUGAUUGAAUCAUCUGAUUCAGAAGGAGACGAGGAAAUGUUCCUUGCAUUUUUUCAAAUAAACGGUACCACAAGAAAUGAAAAAUCGCGCGCUGAAAAUUUUAUGAGUACGAUUGAUCGAUACAAUGAUGAAGAGUUUCGCAACAAUUUCCGAUUAACGAGGAGUACAGCAGAACUUCUUAUUUGUAAAUUUGAAAAUUCUGUAUUUUACAAAGAAGCAGAAGGACGGGGCAGAAGUAGUCUAUGUGCAAAAAAACAAAUGCUUUCUUUUUUAUGGUUCUGUGCAAAUAAAAACUCCUAUAGAGAGAUUUGUAAUUUGUUCGACAUGUCGGAGUCAACAUUUUUUCGACACACGGAAUCUAUCCUAGAUUUCUUCCAUGAUAUAUCUAGGGAAUACAUAAAAAUGCCCAUGACUGAUGCAGAAAAAGCGAACGUCGCGAACGAAUUCGAAAAGCUCGCCGGAUUUAAAAACGUUAUCGGUUGCAUCGAUGGAAGUUAUAUUAAUGUUCGAAAACCAGCAAACAAAAUUCGCUCCACAUAUAUCAAUAGGCAUGAAUUGGUAUCUCUAACACUGCAGGGUAUAUGUGAUGCCGAUAAAAGGUUCCUUGACGUCUUUUUGGGCCCACCUAGCAAAAUUCAUGAUUCGAGAAUUUUUAGCAUGUCCCCGAUAAGCCAAAAAUUGCCAACGAUAUGCCAACAAAGUUAUCAUAUCCUAGGAGACGCAGCUUAUCCUAUUCGUGAGCAUCUAUUAACUCCUUUUAGGGAUUAUGGUAACCUGUCAAAUAGGCAAAAAAAGUAUAACAAACGUCAUUGUCAAACACGAGUUAAAAUAGAAAAUUGUUUUCAAUUAUUGAAACAACGUUUUAGACAACUUAUGCGUCUAGAUUUUUUUACUGUUAAAAAAAUGUGUAAAUUUAUAAUGGCAUGUUGUGUUCUACAUAACAUAUGCAUCGAUCAAAACGACUUAUUUUUAACAACCAACGAAGAAAACAAUGAAGACGUAGAUAAUUCUCAAGACAAUGUAAGAAUAAAUAAUUAUCAAGAAUGUAAUACAAGAGACAAUAUUUUAAAAAGGCUAGGAGAGAUGAAAAGAAACACUAUUGUAAACACUUUUACAUAAAUGACGAAAAUAAAAAGCUAAAUAGUUGAAUAAGAGAAAAUUGAUUGUGUAUUUUAAAAUCUAGGCAUCAAAGCAUAUUUGUCAGUUAAACAUUAACAUUAUUCAUUUAUCUGCUAUACGUUGCAACAGUUGAGUUAUUGUAUCCAACUUUUCCAUGCGCUCCCUAUGCCUCUCCUGUUUCUCCUCUUGGGCUUUAGCGAAAGCCUCCAGCAUUUUUUCCUGCAAUAGGUGACUUCUGCUUCCUCCUUUAUUUUUCGUUGGCUUAGGCGAGGGUGAUUGUGAUGGAGUCACAGAUCCUGACGAUGGCGUACUUUUUGAAUCGUUUGAUUUCGAAGACGUAAUUUUAGUUUUCAUCGAAGUGGUAUCCAUUUGCAAUUCAGGUUCAAUAGAGUCAUCGAUAGCCACGAUUUCUUCGAAUUCCGCAUCGAACGGAGUGCUCGCAAAAGUGCUUCCUGAGGUCCGAUUAUUAGCUUUUGCAAUUUGGCGUCUUCUCGAAACAGUUUUAUAGCGAUUCUCAACUUGUUUUGAACUGAACGACACACCACACUGCUCGAAAAGCUGGUCACGAAUAAACUCCCACAUCUUUUUCUUAUUUUUGAAAUCCUUUAGAGGACCAACAUUAUCUAAAUUCUCCUUGUAAAGAGUUAGCAUCAUCUUCGUUUGCCCGUCUGACCACUCAUGAGCUGUAGCCGAUGGGGUGCUUUCAGGAGUGGUUUCUUGGAAAUCUGUUGAACCGGGUGUGCUUGGAGUUUUUGCAGCUAUUUCAAGCGGGAAACCAUAAAACUCCGCUACCAGACAAUAUCUAACUUUCACUGUUUCGUCCACUAAAAUAAACAUAAAUGUGUAACUUUAAUACGAAAAAUAUUUCAAUAUACGCACCAUAUUUGUUUCUCAAAAAAA